UCAAUCGAACACACUCUUUCUUAUACGGCAGAGACAGAGAAAGAAGAAGAGAAAGAAAACAACGCCCACCAGCUCACGUACUACUUACUCCCCCCACCCCUCAAAUUUAGCAUUACCAGCGAAGCACAUCUCCUGAUAUAUAUAUAUAUAUAUAUAUAUAUAUAUAGAGAGAGAGAGAGAGAGAGAGAGAGAGAGAGAGGGAGGGAGGGAGAGAGAGAAGAGAGAGGCCGUGGCCGAGGCCGGAGCGCACGAGGCGGAGAGGUUAGUGCCUGAGCUUCUCCGGUUUGUCCCUGAGCUCCUAAUACGGCAGAGAUGCUGGAUCAGUACGCGCUUGGCUGGAUCCUGGCCUCGGUGCUGGCGCUGGUCGCCUUGUUCCGCCUGGUGCCGAGGAGGAAGAGCGAGGGCGGGCCCUCGGAGAGCCAGAAGAGCAUCGUCACCAGCGACGGGGAGUCCGGAUCUGCUGACAGCAAUGCCGAUGUCAUCAUCGUCGGAGCCGGUGUCGCCGGCGCCGCCCUCGCCUACACUCUCGGAAAGGAAGGGCGUCGCGUGCAUGUUAUUGAAAGGGACUUGGCAGAACCUGACCGUAUUGUUGGUGAAUUGCUCCAACCAGGGGGCUACCUGAAAUUGAUAGAGUUGGGUCUUGAGGAUUGUGUGGAGGAAAUUGAUGCUCAGCGAGUCUUUGGUUAUGCCCUUUUUAAGGAUGGCAGAAAUACUUGCCUCUCAUAUCCCCUGGAAAAGUUCCACUCAGAUGUUUCAGGAAGGAGCUUUCAUAAUGGGCGUUUCAUACAGCGAAUGCGUGAGAAGGCUGCAUCUCUUAACAAUGUCCGGUUGGAGCAAGGGACAGUUACAUCUUUGGUCGAAGAAAAGGGAGCCAUUAGAGGUGUGCAGUAUAAGACAAAAGAUGGGGAAGUACUUACAGCACGUGCACCUCUUACAGUAGUCUGUGAUGGAUGCUUUUCAAACUUGCGCCGCUCCCUUUGCAACCCUAAGGUUGAUGUACCCUCUUGCUUUGUUGGGCUGGUCCUGGAGAACUGCCAACUUCCCUAUGCAAAUCAUGGGCAUGUUAUUUUAGGAGAACCCUCUCCGAUCCUAUUUUAUCCGAUCAGCAGCACGGAGGUUCGGUGCCUAGUCGAUGUACCUGGGCAGAAGGUUCCCUCUAUCUCGAGUGGUGACAUGGCUAAUUAUUUGAAGUCGGUUGUGGUCAGUCAGGUUCCCCCAGAAAUUCGUGAUGCCUUCAUAGCUGCCGUUGACAAAGGGAAUAUAAGGACAAUGCCCAAUAGAAGCAUGCCAGCAGCACCAUAUCCCACUCCAGGGGCUCUAUUAAUGGGAGAUGCUUUUAACAUGCGCCAUCCUUUGACUGGAGGAGGAAUGACCGUUGCACUGUCCGAUAUUGUUGUUCUUCACAAUCUCCUGCGACCUCUGCAAGACCUCAAUGAUGCAGCAGCUCUCUGCAAGUAUCUUGAGUCAUUCUAUACCUUGCGCAAGGCAUUCAACUCUUCAUUGGGAAAAUUUGAGAUGAGAGGAAAAGUGAUUAUUAUGCCCUGUAUGCUCGAGCUGUAUGAAGAUAACCAGCCUGUUGCAUCAACUAUUAAUACAUUAGCCGGGGCAUUGUACAAAGUCUUCUGUGCUUCACCUGACCCAGCAAGGAAGGAGAUGCGACAGGCUUGCUUUGAUUACUUGAGUCUUGGGGGAGUAUUCUCAAAUGGACCAAUUGCUCUCCUCUCAGGCUUGAACCCUAGGCCCUUGAGCUUGGUACUUCAUUUCUUUGCUGUGGCCAUCUACGGUGUUGGCCGCUUGAUGCUGCCGUUCCCUUCACCUAAGCGCAUCUGGACCGGUGCUAGACUGAUCUCGGGCGCCUCGGGUAUCAUAUUCCCCAUCAUCAAAGCUGAAGGAGUGAGGCAGAUGUUCUUCCCUGCCACUGUUCCAGCGUAUUAUCGAGCUCCGCCGGUUCACUGAACAUCCCAGGAACAACCAUUAGCAGCAAUCCGCCAUGUCUUUCCCUCGAGAUGAACUUUCAGCUCCAGGUCCACUGAGAAUGGGAAAACUGUUUUAUGGAAGAGAAUAAACAUCCAUUUUGGCUUUAGGACUUGUCCAUAUCCUCUGUUCUUAGUCCAAAGUGUAUAAAAUUUUGUCAAAAUAUGUUGAUUAUUUGGUGAUGUGUGUCGAGUGGACUAACGAAACACUCUCCGUUAGUGAAUCUUAGUCUUCCCAUUGUUUUCUUC